UGCAAAGCCCGCCACGCUCGAUGCGAUGAGAAGAAACCUAUUUGCGGUAGCUGCGAGCGUCUUGGUAUCCCCUGCGAACCCUCCAAUUUUGUGCCUCCACCAGAAUGGAAUGUCUCUGUCGGUCCAAAUGUUGGUCCUCCACAAACAUCGGAACCGCAACUCCUACCCCUGAGUGAAAUGUCUACACCUUCUACUAUGGAAGCCAGCAAUCUUGCUGCCCCGACUUCCACCUGGGAAAUUUUCAAAGCACAAUUCCCUUCGCUCAAUGUCCCCGAUGAAGAAUCUCCGCCACUCCAGGACCUGUCAGAUCCAAGUCUACUGACACCUGCAUAUACGAUAUCAAGUGGUCCCCUCCCCACACAGGUGAAUCUCACAGACGAGACUGCCUUUCUACUACAGACUUAUUUGCGUACGGUCGCCAGAUGGAUGGACAUUAUGGACUUCCAAAACACGUAUCAACUAAGCAUACCACGACUGACGCUCACGUCCCCACUUCUUUUCAAUUGUAUUUGCGCCUUCACGGCGAAACAGCUUUCACUGGCCAAUUCUCGAAAGAAUUGGUCAUGGGACACCGUGGCUCGCGACUUUUACGGCCAGUCGCUACGUCUGUUGAUUUCAACGCUGACCGGUUCUUCGAGCGAACACGCUUUGACCGCUACAAUCCUACUUUCAAGCUAUGAAAUCCUUGCAGCCUUGGGUUCGGAAUCACAGCGGCGCCACUUACUGGGCGCCACGACAUUGAUAAAAGCCCACGGUAUAACAGCUCAAUCCCAUGGAAUUGAUAGGGCAAACUUCUGGAUCUACAUCCGUCACGAUAUAUGUGUCGCUUUAUCUAUCGAGAAGCCUAUUUUACUACACCCCGAUGAUUGGAAUGUCCGCUGGGAGGUAGGUGAGAUGCGGGAAGAUGUACUAGGUAAUCAGGGCCAAUGGAUUCUAGGCCGUGUCGUUACACUGGUGUAUGGGGAAGAAGGCCGUACAGAGGCGGGUAAAGAGAAGAGAGAGAACUUUCUGGUCGAGCUCGAGGAAUGGCGUUCCCGGCUUCCAGACGCAUUCAUCGGCAUACCGUAUGGCGAACCGGAUGAUGAGGGUCUCCGGAAGAUUUAUUUCACUGUCACAGCAGCUGCUGCCGCGGCAUUUUGGUAUCAUGUGACGCAUAUUUUGCUGUAUGCAGAGCCGGUGCUCCAGGACCCGUCCUAUAUACCACAUAUUCAGGUCGAGGCAAGAAAGAUAGCAAGUAUUGCUGUAUCAGAAUUUCCUGAUUCCCUUCGAGUGUUUUCCACCCAUGGCCUCUAUUAUGGUAUGUUGAUAGUAUUCUUCACGACUCCCACCCACUAAUGGUUGUUGCUAAAUAUCCAAUGCAGCGGCAAAACAUAUCGAUGGCAUAGCACUGAAAGCUCGACUAUGGAACAUCCUUAUUGAUGUGGAGAACCAGCUAGGGUAUCAUACUCGAAGCAUUGUGCAACGUCUGCAGA